CGGGCGGCCUCAGUCCCAGACCGCGCGGACCCUGCGCUCCUCCGCCCACCCUGCGCAGCCGGCCUCGCCCAUGUCUCAGUACGACCCCAGCUCGGACUUCAAGAGGGCUUUGGACAGCAGUCCGGAGGCCAACACCGAGGAUGACAAGACCGAGGAGGACGUGCCCAUGCCCAAGAACUACUUGUGGCUCGCCAUCGUCUCGUGUUUUUGCCCCGCGUACCCCAUCAACAUCGUGGCUUUCGUCUUCUCCAUCAUGUCUCUGAACAGCUACAACGAUGGAGACAUCGAAGGAUCCAAGCGGCUCGGGAGGAAUGCCAAGUGGGUGGCCAUCGCCUCCAUCAUUAUUGGCCUUCUCAUCAUCGGUAUUUCUUGUGCAGUUCACUUCACAAGGAAUGCCUGAGCGGCCAGCAGUCCACCGCAAGCACGGAGGACAGACCUCAUGCCCUCAUACCCCACAGGAGUUUCCGAGGAAUGGACCCCUG